GAGUGCAUGUUCAAGCACCUGAUUUUGGUUAAGUGACAAGUGUAGCGUUGGGCAGACCAGUAAUUUUCAUUCCAUCCAUCCCAGCAAGAUUCACGAGCUCCUCAAAAUUAUCAACUUGCUCUGUUACCGAGGGUGGUGUCCUGAGAAGGGUCUUUCUUCAUUCCGCGACAGUGGAUAUAAUUCCAACGCGACGAAGCUCUGAGGCGUCUUCCGCAAAUCACGAGGACUGAUCGAUUACCACCCGUGCUUCAUAUCUGGAAUAUCGGGAUAGACCAAAUAUUUCAAAAUGUCCGGCGAAUUGGCUGCCCGUAAAAGGAAGGGCAAGAAAAAUCCGGUCUCUUCCCAAUCUCUGAAUGGUCAUGAUAAUGCCGGGAAUGAGGUGUCCAAAGGAGGAUCCAGCCGAAGAUACGUCGAUAAAUCAGAUUCUGGUUCAAGGGGAGCUGGAUGCUGUGUAAAGACUUUGUUCUAUAUGUUGCUCAGCACUGUGAUUGUCAUAGGCUUUGUGAUCUAUGUAGAAUAUAAACCCGGCCAGCUCAAUGAUGCAUAUGUCCUUAAUGUUCCGCUUGAGUACCGGCUCAAGAUCCGUGAUGCAUCAACCAUUGUCGGCCAACAAGUCCAAGCCCAAUGGAAUAUUUUCAAAGAGGGAUAUGAUCAAGGUAACCGUGUCUUGCGAGAGCAAGUCAAAGGGUUAAUCAUUGGCAACGUUGAUGUGGAAUAUCUGCUUUAAGGCGAGGACGAAGAGACAGAAAAACUUCGAGAGCAAGAAGAAAUAGCGUUGAAAAUGGCCAAGGCUUUGGAAGGGAUCAACAAGUUAAAGGAGGAGGAAGAGGCCAAGAAGAAAGAAGCCGAAGAAAAGCUACGAAAGUCUGAGGAAGCUCGAAAAAUUGAGGAGCAAAAGAAGGCCGAAGAGUUAACCAGGGCCAAACAAAAGGCCGAGGCCGAAGAAAAGGCCAAGAAAGAAGCGGAGCAAAAGAAGAAAAUCGUAGAAGCCAACGCCAAGAAGGCGAAAGAAGAAGCCGAACGAGCUAAACGGCAAGCAGAAGAAACUGAUAAGGCCAGAAAAGACGAGGAAAAGAAGAAGAAAGCUAAGGAAGAGAAGGUCAAGAAGGCUACAGAAGAGGCUGAACGAGCUAAGCGGCAAGCUGAAGAAGCUGAUAAGGCCAGAAAAGAUGAGGAAAAGAAGAAGAAGGCUAUGGAAGAGAAGGUCAAGAAGGCUACAGAAGAGGCUGAACGAGCUAAGCGGCAAGCUGAAGAGACGGAAAAGGCCAAAAAGGAAACAGAACAAAAAAAAAAGUUGGAAGCUGAGAAAUUGAAAGAACAAGUUGCAGCCGCAGAAAAAGCCAAAAAAGAUGAAGAGACCAGGAAAAAGGCCGAAUCCGAGAAGGCAAAGAAGGCAGCCGAGGAAGUUGAAAAUAUCAGGAAAAAAGCCGAAGCCGCAGAAAAGGCUAAGGUUGCAGAAGAAGCAAAGAAGAAGGAACAAGCUGAUUUGGCUAAAAAGGCCAAAGAAGAAUCUGAGAAGGCCAAGAAGAUGGCAAAGGAGGCUGAGGCCAAGGCUGCCGCAGCGGAAAAGAAGUCAAAGCAAGCCAAGGAGGAAGCCGAAAAAGCGAAAAAGGACAAAGACACUGAAGAAGCUCGAAAAGCUGCCGAGGCCAUGAAGAAAAAGUCCGAGGAAGCUGCUCAGAAGAAGGUUAGAGAAGAAGCGCAAGCCAAAAAACUCAACGAUGAACCUCUUGACAGCGCAGCUCGAGAGAAGAUCGCUGAAAACCGUAAUAAAGACCAAAAACAAGCCAAGGACUCAAAGCGAGAUCGCCUUCGAAUGGAUGAAGAUCGGAUCAAAGCUGCGCAAAGAGCCGGAAAGGUUGCAAAAGAACAGGAGGAGAUGAAGAAGGCGGAUCCCUCCCACUUAUCUUUAGAGGACGUACCUUCAGAUUACCCCAAAAUCGGGAUCACCAGUCCAAAUGAUGUGCCCUUUCUCGUUCAAUUGGAUCAGGCUGAGGGAUUGAUCAAAUCCAAUACAAAUAUGGCUUUGUCUAUGUUUGAGGACAUCAUAACUCGAUCUGGAAGUCAGUCUCCUCGGGCUCUCCAUGGGAAAGCUCGAUGUCUUGAACGGCUGUCCGAGAUGAAUAAGUCAAACGAUCAACUGGAGCAAGCUAUUGAGGCAUUUCUAGAGGUUAUUGCUCUUGGAACGAACGUGGCCGAACCUCUUUUGAAAAUGGCGGGUCAUAGAUGUGUAGAACGCUUACAAUUCCGUGGAUGGAAUACUAAAGCAAUUCGAAUCCUUCAAAGUCUCAUCAAAACGUUCCCCAAUGACCCAGGGUUUUCCAAUGACUUGGGCGUUCAAUUCCUUCUUGUUGGUCAGAACAAGGCAGCCAAAGAGGUGUUACGAACCAUAUUGCAACGGGCACCUGAUAACGCCAAGGCCUCGGUUCACCUCGGAUUCAUUCUCAAGACGACCAGUCAAGAGCCGCAAGAUUUGGAAACGGCCGUACAGUUAAUGCAAACCGGGAUUGCGAGUGGAGAAGAAGGCACCCAAGAUGCUCGAUUUUGGUAUCAUCUUGGUGAAGGCCUUCGAAGGUUGGGCCGGGAGGAAGAAGCCGAUCGUAUGUACAAGCUCGCCGUGGAAAAGAAGAUCUUUCGAUCAUUCUGGCAACGAUCACUGUACAACGUUGAUCAUUUGCGGUCCCGCCCUGUGUGGUCGAAGUUAGAAACGGGUCAAUCAGAAAAUUUCAAACUCUUGGAGAACAAUUGGAAAACCAUCCGAGAGGAGGCUUUGUCGGUCCUGAGAGAUCCUCGAAAAGGCUUCGAACCCGAAGGUGAGAAUCUGAAAGACACUGGAGAUUGGGGACAGUUUGAAUUAUUUCGCCAAGGCCGCUUAAUCCAAGAAAAUUGCGCCCUGACCCCUAAAACCUGCGCUCUCAUCCAAAAGAUUCCAGCUGCAUUCACCAACAAGAGAGGUCAAGUCAAGUUCAGUCUCAUGCGCCCCGGAACCCAUGUCCAUGCCCACACUGGGCCCACAAAUUGUCGACUCAGAGCCCACCUAGGCCUACAGGUGCCCAAAUCGGGCCAGUUGAGGUUACGAGUAGCCGAUGAAAAUCUUACUUGGGUGGAAGGCCAGAUUUUUGUGUUUGAUGACUCAUUUGACCACGAGGUUUGGCACGAAGCCGACGGAGAUCGUAUCGUGCUCAUCGUAGACAUCUGGCAUCCUGACUUGGAUGAUCGAACUAAGGCUAGUUUGUCGCCGAUAUAGCGUUCCUUUCAAUGCAGGUUUUCCCUCCGGUAGUCUGCUACUUUUUAUUUUAUGUAUCUUGACCAAAUUCAUUGUUCCUUCUAUCUCUAACAGUUUUGUGCUCUUAUGUCUCUCAUUGCCUGUGAUCUCGCUCAGACUCCAACCGUUAUGAACGUUCUAGAGCCUUCAGACUCGCUAGUUCGUUCUGUUAGUCCAGAAAUAAAUUCAGAUGUCUACCUGUUCCCACCUCGA